ACCAAAUGUCAAUGUCAAUUCUGAUUGGUUGGUUGUCUUGUUGGUGCAUUGUUGGUGAUGGCGUAUUCGUGUUUAUAAUUUUGCAAAUGUUGACUUGACGAUAUGAUAAAGAUUACAACCAUUUAUUUAAAUCGACGUUUCGAAUCUUGGCCAGAGAGUCCUACAAUAUUAUGUUCUUGCAGUCAGACUAAUCUUAAAGUACUGCCUAUAAAUAUUUUUAGCAUCAAGAGGAUAAAGUCUAAAUAACACUUAGAAGUAUGAAGCUUCAAGUUUUAGUGUUACGCCAGUAUUCUUUGAUAUAAUAAACUCAUUAAAGCCAGUAACCAGAACAAGAUAUAAAAAAAACACUGGCAUAAUACACACUAAAUUUGUAAUAAAAAAAAACUAAACUGACAGUUUGGAAGAAUAUUUUUGAGCAAAAAAUUAAAAACCUUUAAUUUUACCCAGUAUGGAGAAAGUAUUUGUAAAAUCCGAACCAAUGUGGGAGUCUGAAGACACAGAAGCAUCAGAUAUGCUGAAAACUGAGCUAGAUGCUGGCACCACAGCAUCUAAGCUGGAAAACAUUUCAUCCGUAAAAAUGUAUGAUACAAUGCUGAAAAUUGAGCCAGAUCCUGUAACUACUAAAAACAACGCAUCAUCCGAUAAUAUUAAUGAUACUAUUGUAUUGAAAACCGACGCAGAUAUUGAUAAUAUUGCACCUAAACUGGAGGACGACGCGUCAUCCAAUAGUGAAUAUGAAACAGAUGCGAUUAAAACUGAGACUGAUUAUUACAGAUUGUUGCAUACAACUACAGAAGUUGAGAACUAUCCAACACACGACAAUAUGAAUGCUAAAGGGCUGGAAACUGGGGUAGAUGCUGACAAUACAGAAAACAACGCAUCAUCUGAGAGUCCUAAUAACACAGUUUUGCUAAAAACGGAGCCAUAUCAUUGCAAUAGAACGCCAAAGCUUGAGAUCUACCCAUCACCCAUCAAUAUCGCUGUUACAGUGUUGAAAACUGAGCUAGCUGUUGAGAAUACAGGAAACAACGCAUCAUUGGAUGUGCUAAAAACGGAGGCUGAUGUAUGCAAAGAUAAAACGCGUAAGGUUAACUCGACAUCUAUCAAUAUCGAAAAUACAGGUCCUGAGCCUUUAAGCAUUCACGUCAAAAAGCCCAAAAGAAAAUACAAAACUAAGCCUAGAAAGGAACACGCCUGUGAAAUAUGUAGCAAAAAAUAUAAACAUAAUUUCCUACUAAGAAACCACAAACGGACUCACAGUGGUGAAAAGCCAUUCACCUGCGAAACAUGCAAUAAAUCAUUCACACAAAAAAUCGGCUUAAAAAAUCAUCAGCGAACACACACUGGGGAAAAGCCGUUUAACUGCGAUUUUUGUAAUAAACCCUUCGCUUAUAAAACUCAUUUAGUCGAGCAUAUAAGAAUUCACACUGGCGAAAACCCGUACUCAUGCAAAGUAUGUAACAAGCGGUUUAAGCGCAAAACACAUCUAUCGCUCCAUGAAUUAAAUCAUAUGAAUAAACCAUACGCCUGUAAAACAUGUAACAAAAGAUUUACGCAAGAAAUACUCUUGACAAGACACGAAAGGAUCCACACCGGUGAGAAGCCAUUUUCUUGUGAUAUUUGCCAGAAACGAUUUGCGGAAAAACCUAAUUUAACGAAGCAUAUUCGUGUUCACACUGGUGAAAAACCAUACUUUUGUAUUACAUGUGGCAACAGGUUCUCUCAGAAAUAUCACUUAGCUUCACAUGAGCUAAUACACGUAAGGGAUAUGCCGUAUUCGUGUGACGUGUGCAAAAAACGAUUUAGGCUUAAAUCCAACUGGAGAAAACAUAUGCGUGAACACUGAAGAUCGAUGUUAUUAUAAAAUACAGCAGAGUACGGACCAAUUGGGAAACAGCUAAUAUGAUAAUAUGCUAAUAAAGCGAAGGUUUUACAUGUCAAAAUGUCAAGAAGCGGCAUGUUUAGACCAAAUAUCCUUCUAAAUCUGUUGGCGUUCUCUUCAUAAAAAAGAUAUUUUAGUUUGGUCGAUAUUCGAUAUCCUGUCGUCGCUUAUACUUUGUUGUACAUAUUGUAGAAUAAUUAUAUCUCGCCCAAACAUGCGCGACGCAUAACUGGGAACUGUAAGCUUUAUGAUCUAAUAAAAUAUUAUUGAUGGAUA